CAUAGCUCAGAGAGAUCAGAAAUCAGUCUCGUCUCAGACAAAGUGUUCAGAGAGUUACGUGAGGGUUGUUUUUGUGAGAGUGUUUAGAAGGUGGUGAGAGCUUCAUCAGGCUUCAUGUGUUUUAAGUUGUGAGUUGUGAUGUUGUAAGUUGUAAGGGUUAUAACCGAUUCAUAUUGCGAAUAGUAUCUUACAUCUUGAGAUGCUCUAAAAAAUUUUUUGUGGCUCUUUUGGAUUGCGUGAAGCAAAACACAACCAAUGAACUCAUGAAAACCUAACUAUUAUUAGUUUAUACUACUAAUUAUCAGUACCAGUGGCCAGUAUUAGUGAAAUAGUAUGACUAAUAAUGGAGUAUUAUCAACUAUGUUAUUGCAGAGAGUGUUGAGACAAUCGAGUCAUGUACACGCACACACAUUUAUCUCUCCCACGCAAACAUAGGGCAUGAGAGAGCCUACUGUUGGACUAAAAAAGCUAAGAGAACGCGUCUUAAUCUCCCUCGUCUUUUAUUGUUGUAUCUCACGAGGUUAGAAAACUAUUGCGCGCUUUUCUCCUCGUGCAUGUUGUCCUUGUAAUAAGUCUACGAGAGUAUGCCACUACGAUAAAGUAAAAAAAAGCAAAGUUUCAUUUGGGCAGGCGUGUAGUGCUGGCUUUUCGCUGUGAUCUGGUGCAGUUAAAUUUUUGUUGUAAUUUAUUGUGGCAAUUCGUCUACUGGCGAAAUGAGCCGUGAUGAGUCUCGGCGGUCCAAAAGGUGUAGGCCCGACCGAGACUUUGAAUUGGGUCCAAACGCUCGUAUUUUGAUGGGCGACUACGACGACGAGCGCACCUUAGACGAAGAAGAGGCUCUGGAAGGCAGCGAAGACACUCACAACGAACUGUCACAUCUGCAGAAGGAAAGUGACAUGCCUUUAAAGGACCUAUUGGUGAUGUAUGGAUAUAGUAAUAUGGAUUGUCAGGAUCCAAACAAAGCAGAGGAUGAAGAUGAGGAGGAAGAGGAGGAGGAGGAAGAAGAUGAAGAGGAGGAGGAAGAAGAAGAUGAGGAUGAUGAAGAUCCCACUAGUUAUGAACCUGAUCUCAAGCAGUUUUACACAGAAAUGGUCAAAGCUGGAGAUACUGGAGGGAACAUCAAAAGAGCUACUAUGAAAGCUGGUGACCCAGCUAGGACCGAUGACCCCCAAGUUCUUGCACCGAAUGAUAAUGCACAUACUACCACAAAUAGUGUUGAGUCAAAGGCUGAAGAAAAUAGUGGCGUCAUUAGUAUCGGUACAUCUGAAAAUCCUUCAACUGACAGUCAGAAUCCAAGCAGAGCUGUAGAUGGCAAUCCCAAUGCCGCAAGCACGACACCAGGCACAAACACCAGUGGUGGUGGAGGUGGUGGAAACUCGUCGAGACUAUUACGUAGUGUCUCUCGUCCUCAAAGCGAAGAGGAAGAAGAGGAUGGUGAUUACACGCCGGACGAAGAAGAGUGGAAAAAGACGAUAAUGGUCGGUAGUGAUUAUCAAGCUGCGAUACCUGAGGGUCUUUGUAAAUACGAUGAUGCGCUGCCUUAUGAGAAUGAAGACAAAAUGCUCUGGGAUCCUCUACCUAUCAGCGAAGAGCAGAUAGUGGAGGAAUUUUUGGAAAGAGCUCAACAGCCUGCAGUCAAGGGUAUUUCGUUACCUCGUGGUAAUCACGUUAGGGAUGACGAGCAGGCUCUUUAUUUGUUACUUCAGUGUGGUUAUAAUCUUGAGGAAGCCCUUAGAAGGCGUAGAAUGAAUGUGCUUCCAUCCACGGAAUCAAUCAGCAUCUGGUCAGAAGAAGAGUGCCAUAACUUUGAGACGGGUAUAAGAAGUUUUGGAAAAGAUUUUUACUCCAUUCAUAAGCACAAAGUGCGAACAAGAUCCGUGGGUGAACUUGUGCAGUUUUAUUACUUAUGGAAGAAGACUGAAAGGCACGAUAUAUUUACUUACAAAGCUCGCAUGGAAAAGAAAAAAUAUGCAUUCCAUCCAGGCGUAACAGAUUACAUGGAUCGUUUCUUAGAAGAGCAAGAAGGAGUUCGUGACCGUAGUAGUUCACCCAACGUCAAUUAUUUGAUGCAUACCGACAAGCGUCAAAGGAUCGCUGCCAAUUCGAUGGGCAACGAAGAAACCAGCAGUGGCAAGCUCAACCAUGAGAACUGGGAAAUUGACAACACGAACCCAAAUGGUGGUAACAAAGCCAGUCAUGAUAAUUGGAACGCGAGUGCCAAUUCGAGCGCUGCAACAGCAGGUUCAACGACGCCGAACAUGCCUAUAAGUGGAAGUAGCAACACUGAGGAGCCAACUUCGGUAAACAGCGAACACGUGGAUUCUUUCUCCCACGAUCAUCUUCAUAAUUCAUCCACAUCCACCGUCACUGCCGCCAGUCAGCUUGACUAUACCAAGGUGAACGAUAGCGCCGGCGUUGAAUCAAACGCAUCUUGCGCAGCCGUAACACCUUGGCCAUCCUCGAACACAAGCACUAACAUGACCAUCGCUCCCCUUUCAUCAUCAUCAAAUUCUGCCGCUGCUGCACCGAUGCUUCAUCAGCAGCAGCAAAGUAAUCACCUUCUUCACAUGCAACAGCAGCAGCAACUAAUGAAUCUUCCCCUAAAUAAAAGUAACGAGAAUGACGCAACUUUGCCUAAAGCACGUACGCCGGAAAGUAUUCUACCUCACCUACCACCUUAGCUUGCUGCUCUCAUUUUAAAUUCAUGGAGAGGAGAGGCGUGUUGAGCGCGUGAAAGGAUCUCUAAACUUCGUCGAUGUCUCCCUUCUCAUUCAUAUCUCUCUCAUUGUUUAUUUAUAAUCACUCAAUGUUUUUUUCUACACGCUACCGUGUUGCCGUUUUUACCGAGAGAAUAGAAGAAUAGAGA